AUGGACGACCGCGAAACAGAACUCUCCCGCUUCCGCCAGCAAUGGCAAGCCGAAGUCACCGCGCGCACCCACCCCACCCCCGCCGCCACCUCCAGCUCCUCCUCCACCACCACCACCACCACCGCCGCCUCCUCCUCGUCCAGCCACCCGAAACCAGCACCGUUCGCCCCCCGCCGUCUCUCGCACCGCGAGGUCGUGCCCGAGGCGCCCGAAUCCGACGACGACGACGACGACAACGGCGAGCACGCGGACUUCGCGCCGCCGCAGAGAGAGCGCAGCACGUCGCCGCAGGCGACACGGAGGUCGGCGGGGCCGGCGAGCGCGUUGGAGCAUUAUGAGAAGGCGGUGGAGAAGGAGAUGCAGGGGAGCUUGGGCGAGAGUCUGAGUCUGUACCGGAAGGCUUUUCGGAUGGACGCCAAAGUCGACUCCCAAUACCGCGAUAAAUACUACCCCCGUCCCGCCCCCGGUGCGCACCCCACCGCCGGCGCCGGCGCCGCCUCAUCAUCAUCAUCAGCACCCACCCCCGCCGCGCCAGCAGCAGCGCAGAAACAACCCCCGGCGUCAAUCGCCGCGCUGAUCGAGUCCUUUGCGCACCUCGCCAUCCCGCCCGCAGGAACCGAAGACACAGUCGUCUACUCCCCGCUCACCACCCUCCCGCACGAGCUCCUCCUGCACAUCCUGCACACGCUCGCAACCACCGACAUCGCCUCCUUCGCGCGCUGCGCAAAGGUGUGCAAGGCCCUCUCCUACGUCGUCUCCACCGAGGAAGCCAUCUGGCGCGACGUGUGCACCGCCGCAUUCGCAAAGAUGGCCUGGGACUGGCGUGUCAGCGUCGACGGCACGCCCAUACUCCACCGCGUGCUCGGCGACGAUGGCGGCGUCCCUCCCCCCACCACAACCGCCGCGGAGGCAGAGGCAGAAGCCGAAGCCGAAGCCGAAGAAGCCGAGGAAGCCGAGGAAGACGAGGAGGAGCAGCGCACAGUCCCCGACGACGAGGCCCACCUCCCGAAAUACGGCGGCAGCUGGCGCGCAAUGUUCCAGGCCCGCCCGCGCAUCCGCUUCAACGGCGUGUACAUCAGCACCUGCAACUACGUGCGGCAGGGCGCCUCGCAGUUGGGCUGGAACACGCCCGUGCACAUCGUGACCUACUACCGCUAUCUCCGCUUCUACGGCGACGGCACGGUGCUGUCGCUCUUGACGUCGUGCGAGCCGUCGGAGGUGGUGUACGGGUUCUCGCGCACCGGGGUGCAGGGCGGCGGUGCCGGCGGCGCGGGGACGGGCGUGCUGCCGAGCUCCGUCGCGAGGUAUGUGGCGAGGGGGAGGUGGCGGAUUGAUGCGGACGGCCGCGUGGAUGUGGAGACGGUGCAGAGGGGCAUGGAGAGGUAUUUGUUCCGCAUGCAGCUGCGGCUGGGGAGUGUGAGGAGUGGCGGGAGAUGGGUGGGGGGUCGCAAGUUGGCGUGGGAGGGCUUUUGGAGCUGGAAUAGGGUGUCGGAUGAUUUGGCGGAGUUUUCGCUGAGGAACGAUAAAGCAUUCAUCUUCUCCCGCGUCGGCAGCAUCGAGCCAGCCCAACCCCAAUCAACCGGAAUCACGGAGGCAACCACAGACCACCGCUACUCCUUCCACAGCAGUCUAACCAACUUCUGGAAGCAACACGCUCACAACACGGCGGCGGCGGCGACAGCAGCAGCAGCAGCAGCAACCACAACAACCACAACAACAGCAGCAGCAGCAGCACCGACGCCGACCAGCCCUCUGAUUAAAAUGCCAGAGGACUCACGCGGUCGCAUACAAGAUCCCCGAAUAAUUACCCGUUCUACCCGAAAACCUUCCCCCGGCCUGGCUGCAAGGAUCAAGAUGCUUGAGGCAGACGCUGAGAAACGUAACUCGAAUAGGGACCGUUUAUCUCCUUCUCCCUCACCUCACAGGAAACUCCUGCCCGACCUGGUGCAAUCUACUACUACGCCGUCUCCCGUCACAACCACAUCACACGGUAUGUCUCUACCUCUACAAAAGGAAUUGCCCCCUACUCCUAUCGAGGAGGAGGACGACGAAUACGCCCACCAACAAGAGGGGGAACACCAACACCAACAACAGGAGAAUGGAGGGGCAAUAGAGGAAGAAGUUAUUGAGCAAGAAGACCACGAGCACGACAUUCCGGAAGAACCGAGUGAAGAAGGUGGCGGUGUCAUUGAUGAGUACGAAGAAACCCCCCCAGCCGUGCCUGCAAAGGAGGACCCUUUCGUCCAAAUGACCUCCCCCGUGCGGGAGCGUCCCGACACAUCCCACUCCAUCCUGACGGAGGAAAUCAAAACACCGUCGACAGCCCGCUUCACGGACGACACGACGGACCCGCCCAGCAGCGGCAGCAUCUACGGGGGUAACUCGAGCUCGUCGUCGACCUCGCUAUCACGACGGGCCUCCGUGUUCUCCCUAUCCCGCGUUUCCUUCUCCGCACAACUGUCACGCCUCACCUCGCUCUCGCUUCCGUUAUCGUCCGAUAUCUCGUCGCGAAUCCGGCAGUUGCCUACAGCCGGAGAAGCUUGCAACGCGCUUAUCAGUGCGGGCGAUCAGAUCACUCGAUGGAUCGACACUGCCAAGAAGGUUCUCCGCGGGCUCGACGCGGAGGAUGAUGUAGAGUGGGCUGCACAGGGGCGUGAGUCACUGAAUAGCGUAGAUGGUGCUGUCAGCAAGUUCUCGGGUCUUAUCAAUGUGUACGUUGAGCUCAUUGAGGAGCUGCGGCAGAGGGAAGAUAUCAAUCCUGUAAAGGAGACCCUGAUGGAAAUCUUGAAGAGUAUGGAUGUUGUAUUGGAUGGAUGGAAGGAGGUCAAGGAGAUUUUGAAGGGCGUAAAGGACCAAGUCGAGACGGCCAUGGAGUGGACAGAGCUGUGGACAAUGAUCCUCCAGGAUAUUCAAGCCGAGCUCGAUGCAUGCCAGACGAUUGUGUUUGAGGAAGAGGAGAAACGCCACCGGAGUUUGAUGGAGGACGGAUCACUGGUUGGAGGAGUGGACCUAGACACUCUGCAAACCAUUAUAGAAGACGCGCCAAAUUCCUCGCAGGCAAAGGUGGUCGUUAAACUCGAAGACAGCUCCCUCCUGGGGUUGAUCGCUCGGAUGCAACCGUUGAGAGUCAGUUUAGAUUUCCUCCCCAUGAGGCUUCAGAGCUUCCAGGCAAGAGCCGAAGAAAUAUUCCCCAGCGCGUGUGAAGAUUUGAUGUCACGACGAAGCACCCUUGAAAAGAAGUGGACAAAGCUCAAUUCGGAUGUGGAAGGGUUGAAGAAAGAGCUGGGAGAAGACAAAUGGGUUGCGUUAUUCCGAAACGCUGGCAAGCAGACUGCAUCUAUGAUCGGGAGCGUCGAGCGAAGUCUGGCAAAACUUCGAGAUGCCGUGACCGUCUGGGAAGAAAGCGGCGGCCGGAUCGAUGAAGGCCUAGUUUCCAGGAUGCAGAACUACGAGGCUAAAAAGGUGCAUUACGGCAGCGCGAUCGACCGGGCCUUGGGGCUCAUCAGUAAGGGUGUCCGUGAUCGUAUUACUGUCAAUGGCGAGAUUAUUAGGCUCGAGACGGCGAUGCGAACGCGGUGGAAGAACCUUGAAGCUUCAAUGGCAGAUAUGGAACAAGACCUGAAUGAACUGCAGCUGGACUCCCAGACUCUCCGUGACUCAAUGUCGACGAUCACCUCAUUGGAUGUUCGCUCGUACAACAGCUCUGGAAUGAUCACUCCCGGCAGCUCGCCGGCAAGCUCAGUCAUCAUGGCUACUUCCCCAACAACCCUCGAGCGUAAACGGUCACCCAUAUCUGGAGGCAGACGAAUGAGCCACUCAACAAGCCCUGGGGACAGGAGUUCCACGAGCGGUAUCCCGAAGAAAUCGCCGCACUCUCGUCUUUUGUCGACUGGAGGUUCAUCACUGGCUCCCAUCUCGACUGGGAUGGUUAGGACAACGUCUGCACCCUCGAAUCAGACGACGCCCUCAAGGGAUAGUCCGAGGAAGUCGUCAGUUGGCUCCUCAUCUAGUGCUAAGAAAUUUGAUGGUAGACCUAGAUGGAACACAUCCACUAAUAUUAGUGAUGGCCUCUAUGGUCAAAGCUAUAAGCCUCUUAGUCUUGCUACCCCUGCAUCUCCAAAGAGACACACGAUCACCACGCCUCGCUCUGCUUCCUCCCAGGGCAACCACACACGUAUUCCCAUGCCGAGCCCAUUGAGCCAGGCAAAUGGGUCAAACCCCGGAUCACCAAGCUACCACCAUAGACUCACGUCGUCCAUUACAUCUAUGGGUCGCCGGGCUAGUGCUGGUAUCCGAAAGAGCCCGAGCCCUGCUCCAAGGACUGGGUACCCGCCACAGCAGCAGCAGCCUACGUCGGGUAGACCUGAGUUGCGAAGACAGACUAGCACAAGUCAGCUUCGCUUCCAGUCUAAUCGUCAAUCACAAUCCACAACUAACUCCCCUAAGACUGCUCAAUUCAACAACGAAUAUCAAGAUGAGGAAGAGCAGCAAGAGGAGCCGAGGGAGCAGAGGAGGUCAUCUAGACCGGCGAGUGCGAUGGCUAGCAGUGCGCUUGGCUACUUGAGGGGUAACAGGAUGAGCAUGUUGCCAAGACCCACGACACCGAAUGGCAGGCCUAGUGGUGGCGGGGAUCACAUUGGUGCCCACGGCAGCGCUGGUCUGUCCGGAAGAAACAGCGUUGCGGGAAGUACCGAUUCGAGAGGGAAGAGGAUGAGCAUGCCACCUGUAUCGAAAGGAUGGGGGUAUGAUGGAAGGCCAAAGUGGAAGCAUUAA